AUGCCUCGCCAAUUCUUCGUCGGUGGUAACUUCAAGAUCCUCGCCGACCCCAAGAUUGGCGUCGCCGCCCAGAACGUCUAUGACAAGCCCAACGGUGCUUUCACCGGUGAGAUCUCCGUUGAGCAGCUCCGUGACAACAAGAUCGAUUGGGCUGUCAUCGGCCACAGCGAGCGCCGUGUUAUCCUGAAGGAGUCCGAUGAGGUAGGUUUCAUUGCCCGUAAGGCCAAGGCUGCCGUCGAGGGUGGCGUCUCUGUCAUCUUCUGCAUUGGUGAGACCCUGGAGGAGCGUGAGGCCAACAAGACCAUUGAGGUCGUUACCCGCCAGCUCGAUGCUGCCGCCAAGGAGCUGAGCAAGGAGCAGUGGGCCAAGGUUGUCAUUGCCUACGAGCCCGUCUGGGCCAUCGGUACUGGCAAGGUCGCUACCACUGAGCAGGCCCAGGAGGUCCACGCCGCCAUCCGCAAGUGGCUCGGCGAGGCCAUCUCCGCCCAGGCCAAGGAUGAGGUCCGCAUCAUCUACGGUGGCUCCGUCAGCGAGAAGAACUGCCGCGAGCUCGCCAAGCAGCCCGAUGUUGACGGCUUCCUUGUUGGCGGUGCCAGCUUGAAGCCUGCCUUCGUCGACAUCAUCAACGCCCGCAUGUAA